AUGAACGUGGCUCUACUUCUCGUGCUAUUUAUUCUUUCCCUGUGCUGCACCGUUGCUCAGGGCAGGAACUUAUAUCCGUCCUGCCAAGGGGACGAACGACAAGGGUUCGCAGGUGCAGGUGGAGAGACGACCAUCUUUGCACUGCCGCAAAAGACACGCGCGUUGACACUGGUGUGUCUUGCUUACGAGGUCAGCAGCCUCAUGGGGGGCAUGAAAAAGGGCGAAAAGGACCCGUGCUAUGUGCCUCAUCAGACGGAGUACCUGCACCGCAUCGUCGUCCGGGCGGCGACGGAGGAUGAGGCCACUCGGAAAGUCAAUGUAACGGAUUUUGAUGUGAAGGACCUUGCAGGGGGAUCCCUCGGCAAUGUUGUUAUUCGCCUUUUGGGGAUGAGUAAAGUGUCCCUGGUUUUUAUGAACGACGCAACGAACCACCAGUGCUCACUGCGCAUACGUGCGAUCAUAAGCUUCGCGGAGCAGGCGGAGCCAACUCAACAGGAGCGUUUGCCAGUGGCAGUUUCGGUGGUUCCUCGGACAGUGUAUGUCAAACGCAGUGCGAUGACGACCGUCCUACUGCGUUACCCAUGGGGCACAAAUAUGCACGAGGCUCAGUCAGACGUCGUGAAACUUGUCGCUUUGUCUAAGGAAUGCGGGACGGGUUAUUUCGAUGGGCACGCCAUGCGUAUACCGUCAUCUUUCCCACCUGUAAACCACCUUGGCGACCCUGCGACGCUGGGGGCACGUGACUACUACUUUGACACCCCUGAGACCUAUCGCGUUUGCUACUAUGGCAAGGGAAACCAGACGGGUUCUGAGAUUGCGGUCAUUCGUGUAUUUGACGGCAACCCAACCUACUAUCAAAUGGUUAGUGGUCAAGACGAGCAAGGUCGUGUGUUCGUUGGAGCGGAAGCGACAGUAAAGUUCUACGGCUAUGACCUUGACACUCGGCCUGGCGGGGACAGUGCAAAGUUUGUCACUGACGCUGAGGAUUGUGCGACGGCGAAGCCCGCUGGUGGCGUGGCGGAGUCCACGGACCUUGGCCCUGGUGACAGCUACGGUCCUGGUACCACGUACACUCUAUGGACGUGGGUGCUGAGGAAAGCUGGAGCCUUCAAGUUAUGCUACAAGCGUCGCAACGGCGUGUGGACGGAGGUGCCCAGCAUUGCUGACGUGGACCCAGAGGUGGCCUCUACCUCGACUUCUGGCGCUACUGAACCCAAACACAUUCCGCGGCCCACAGACCCCGUGACGAAGGCGGAAUGCCCCAUGGCAAGUACAACGCCAGAGGCACCCUGGAUUUCCUACAAGAGCUUAAAAUUUACGUUCAAUGGUACUAGAUUGCCAAAGGAUCUUCUCAAAACACUCAGCCAGCGGUUUUGCAUUCCGCGUGCUGCGCUUGCCGUGACGCAUGUGACACAUGAUCCGGAUGGACGUCAAGUGAUGUAUCUUUCGAUCCUUUGCGAGGACCUUGGGGAGGCGGCCUCCUGCGACACGGUGGAGAGGCAGAACUACAUCCUCUCCCUAGGGCAGCAGAAGUUGACGCCUCUGGUAGGUCUUGGCAUCGCCUCUGUGGAGGGAAGCCGGCACCUCUUUGCGUUUGGCGACGACGUGGUGGUUCUCAAGAAGUACGGUGGUCAUAUUUUGGUGCUGCUGAUUACGUGCUUGACGGUGGUGGUGGUGGUGGCUAUGGCAGUCUACGGCGUACUGAAGUACCGCGAAAGCCGUCAGUAUUUUAUUCAGUUCGGCGCUGACGACGCGGAGGUGGAGGACAUGUACGCCACGGAUGGCCCCGACGACUUGGGCUAUCGUCGUCCACGGGGCGUGAAGGACGCCGUCAUUGAGGUGGAGGAGUGA